CUGGAUCCCCAAAAGGGCUGAACUUGCGUUUAGAGUAUGUGGCCCAUGAAUUUUAAGACUGUGGAAGUAGUGUCAGGCUAUGGCAUGUAGUUAAUCUCAAACCCUUAGUAUUGUACAAACUCUAGUAAGCAUGUAUAUGUGGAUGACUCUUCUCGCGGGCUUGGCUCUUCUCCCAGCGCUGCUGAAAACUUUCUUCCCGUAUUUUUUCCAGGACUGCGUGUAUAUAUACAGAGCGCUUGGAUUUGGAAUCCGAUUAAACGUAUACAAAAGGAAAACUCCAUUCUAUAGUAUUGUGGACUGUUUUUUGGAAGCAGUAAAGAAACACCCGCGGAGAGCGUUUAUUCAUUUCGAGGGGAAGACUUACACUUAUGAGGAGGUGGAUAAGGAGAGUAACAAAGUGGCGGAUGCUUUGCGCUCGGUGGCCGCGCUUAAAGAAGGGGACACGGUCGCGCUCUUCCUGGGGAACGAGCCUCGGUUCGUGUGGACCUGGCUCGGCCUGGCCAAGCUGGGCUGUCCCGCUGCACUCCUGAACUUCAAUAUCAGAUCCAAAUCACUCCUUCACUGCUUCUCCUGCUGCGGCGCGAACGUGCUCAUAGCAGCUGCUGAGCUUCGUGAUGCUGUUGAGGAGAUCUUGCCAGCACUGAAAGAAAAGGGGAUAACUGUAUACCUCCUGUCAGAUGAGAGCACUACAGACGGCAUUCAGUGUAUUGGUCAGGCCAUCGCUAAGGCUUCAGAUAAGCCGCUGUCCCCGUCUCUCAGGUCCAACGUCCAUAUCAGGAGUACAGCACUGUAUAUCUACACUUCUGGCACUACAGGUCUUCCUAAGGCAGCCUAUGUGACCCAUGAAAGGGUCUGGGCUUCGUCAUUCAUCCAGGGUGUUUGUGGAGUGACGUCUGAAGACAUAUUCUACAUCAAUCUGCCUCUGUAUCACAGCGCUGGAUUCCUCAUCGGACUCGUCGGAUCCAUUGAAAGAGGUAACACUGUUGUUUUGCGGAGAAAGUUCUCUGCCUCUCAGUUCUGGGACGACUGCCGGAAGUACAACAUAACUGUGAUGCAGUACAUUGGUGAAACACUGCGCUACCUCUGCAAUACACCAAAGAAAGACAAUGACCGAGACCACAAGGUGAAGAUCGCCAUUGGUAAUGGCGUACGAGCAGACGUCUGGAAAGAUUUCCUGAACCGCUUCGGACGCAUUAAUGUCCGAGAGCUCUACGCUGCCACGGAGGGAAAUGUCGGCUUCAUCAAUUACACCGAUAAAGUCGGAGUGGUCGGCCGUAUCAAUAUUGUCAGCAAGGUGUUUUUCCCCUUUGCCCUCAUCAAGUUUGACAUUGAGAAAGAAGAACCCGUGAGGAACACUGAGGGUCUGUGUAUCCCAGUCGGAAGAGAUGAGGUGGGCCUUCUGGUCGGGAAGAUCACGAAACACACCCCUUUUGUCGGCUACGCUGGUAACAAGCAGCAGACCGAGAAGAAGAGACUUAGUAAUGUGUUUGUGAAAGGAGAUCUGUAUUUCAACAGUGGAGAUCUGCUGAGGAUCGACAACGAGAACUUCGUGUACUUUCAGGAUCGAGUUGGAGACACGUUCAGGUGGAAAGGCGAGAAUGUGGCUACAACUGAGGUGGCGGAUAUUCUCAUGAUGGUGGACUGCAUCGAGGAGGCCAAUGUGUAUGGAGUCAAAGUUGAAGGCCAUGAAGGAAGGAUUGGAAUGGCCGCUGUGAAACUGAAAGAGGGCAGAGAGUUUGACUGCGGCACCAUCUGCAGUGUCUUGGCCAACUAUCUUCCGGUGUACGCCAGACCUCGAUUCAUCCGAAUUCAGAAUUCCUUGGAAGUCACAGGAACUUUCAAGAUGAAAAAAGUGAAGCUGGUGGAGGAAGGCUUUGACCCAACAUUAAUACAAGAUCCUCUCUACUUCCUGGAUCUGACGCAAAAGAAAUACAUUCCACUCUCUCAGGAAAUUCAUAACUCGAUCAUGUCGCAUGACAUUAAACUGUAAUAACCAUAAUAUAAGCUAACGGUACCAUUCUGAAAUCUACUAACCAGUAGUUGCCUACUAAUCUCAGGGAAAACAAGUGAUUCCGGUGAAUGAUUUGAAUCUUUACAGACCAGUACAGUCAACUGUUUUACAUUAGUUUACU